AUGGGUAUCGAUCUCGACCGCCACCACGUGCGCAGCACGCACCGCAAGGCUCCCAAGAGCGACAAUGUGUACCUCAAGCUUCUCGUGAAGCUGUACCGCUUCUUGACCCGUCGCACCGACUCCAACUUCAACAAGGUCAUCCUGCGCCGUCUCUUCAUGUCGCGCAUCAACCGCCCCCCCGUCUCCAUCUCCCGCAUUGUCGGCAACCUCGACAAGGAGGACAAGCGCACCGUCGUCAUCGUCGGCACCGUCACUGACGACAACCGUCUCCUGACCGUCCCCAAGCUGACCGUCGCUGCCCUGCGCUUCACCGCCACCGCCCGCGCUCGCAUUGUCGCUGCCGGCGGAGAGGCCAUCACCCUCGACCAGCUUGCCCUCCGCGCCCCCACCGGCGGCAACACCCUGCUGCUCCGCGGACCCAAGAACUCCCGUGAGGCCGUCAAGCACUUCGGCUUCGGUCCCCACAAGCACAAGAAGCCCUACGUCGAGUCCAAGGGCCGCAAGUUCGAGAAGGCCCGUGGUCGCAGAAGGUCCCGCGGUUUCAAGGUCUAA